AGCACAAGCAAAGCGUCAAUUUCAAGAGAAAAUGCGAGCGGAUAUCAAGAGAUAUGAAGCUGAAGCUGCAAUCCUGAAACUGAAGCGAGAGCAAGAGGAAAAAAGUCUGAUUGAUUGGGAAACUCAUCAGAGAUAUAAGAGAGAUGAGUACAAUAAGCAAAUGCAGUUGAAAGCAGCGAAAGAAGAGGAGAGGAGGAAGAAGGAAAUAGGUGAAUUUCUGAAGAAGCAAAUGGCGGAGCAAGAGGCCAUUCGUAAAAUGCAGAGCAUCAUGGAUGACGAUUCACAAGAGGUACAGAAGGCCGUACAAAGGACAAAUGCGAGAGUUCUAGCCUAUGCGGAGGAAGUGUUGGAAGAAUCAAAAGACGUUAGACCCCUGUUUCCCAUCAUCAAAGCAAUUAAGAAUUUUAAAAGGGAGAACAGACUUCUUCCUCCAAAACCAACCGAAGAAUUUGAACCACUGAAACGCAAACCAAGGGUGAAGAAAAUUUGCUCAAAUCCCACGCCACCAGAGCAAAUCUUCUAUCUAGGAUGA